ACGAAAGAGUACAACGUCAACGAUGAGGACUUCCGUUAUCUCACCGUUGGUGUCCACGGAGGCACCUUUGGGCAUUGGUUUGGUUACUACCCGACCGUGAAGAUGUACAAUGGUGUCGGCAAUGCGUACAUCAGCGCCUAUUACUUCCGUCCUCUUCCUGUCGAACCUGACAUGAUGACUGGAAAUCAUUCAGUAGGUGAGGAAGCAACCACCACACCCAAGCCGGUGGAUGGUGAGCACGGCCGGGACGAGGAUUAUCAUCACGUCACUUUGACGGCCAAGGCCCGGGCUAACAUCUACCUCCCAUGGGGUCAGACGGCUGUUCCUUGCUUUGGUCCCGCUGGUGGCGAUGGCACCUGGUAUCUGAUGCAUCAGUUUGGUGAUGAGAGGCUUCAUUGUGUCGUCUUUGAUGGUAAGUAUAAGACAUGGUAUUCUGCUGAUCAACCUAAGAAGAGGGAUUCUGUGUGGGUAACGUCCGGCGAUGUUCUCCUCGCCAUGAGGAAGCGUUCUGGUUACAUGCGGGGAUACCGCGUUAAGGUCCUCGCUCACGGCCUCCCAUUCAUCCUCCAGUGGAGGGGAGUCCAACGCGGUAUGCAGUCCACUACGGCGAAGAUUGAGAGGGGAUGUGGCGGCUUUUGCGUUUUUGGCGACUACGGCCCGAUGUAUACCGUUGACGACACCUACCGGGUUGAGGACUCGACUAUUGAGCUCAGCUUCGACCAUUCCGUCCUCACGGCUACAACACCAUACCCUCCCCAUGAUACUACGGAAACACCAGAGAUGCCGGGGACGGGGGCGCCUGCAGAGUCUACUGCUACCGAGGCCCCUGUAGAAGAAUCUACUACUGAAGCCCCCGUAGAAUUGUCCACUACUGAGGCCCCCGUAGAUGCGGCUACUACUGAAGCCCCUGUAGACGAGUCCACUACUGAAGCACCU